AUGUCUAUUACAGUGAAGUUAGUUGCGGCCGACUCUCUUUAUAAGAGGGAUGUGUUCCGUUCUCCAGACCCGUUUGCUGUGCUUACGAUCGAUGGGUCUCAGACGAAGUCUACAAGCGCUGCGAAGAAGACAUUAAAUCCUUAUUGGAAUGAGAAGUUUACGUUUUACAAUGUGACGGUGAAUUCUAUAUUGACUAUUCAGGUUUUUGAUCAGAAGAAGUUUAAAAAGAAGGAUCAAGGGUUUUUGGGGGUUAUCAAUGUUCGGAUUGGAGAUGUUUUGUCGCAUUUUGAUGAGGGUAUGGCUAGUCCCACGUCUGGAGUAUUCCGAGAGGAGAUGAUUACCAGAGAUUUGAAGCGAUCUAAUGAUGGGAUGAAUGUGAGUGGGAGGCUAAUUGUGGUGUUGUCUAAUUCUGUUCCAGAAGGGAAUAAUGUGCUGUCGUCUAAUGGGAUGGAUAACCUGACCGUACAGCCUUCGAUGGCUGGGGACGAAGGACGUUCGGCCAGCCACUCUGUGCUUUCAUUGCCAAGGACAAACGCUUUACAAGUUUCAAACAAUUUACAGAGUGUGAAUCACCAGGCGAACGCCACGAUACCUGGCAGCUAUAUUUCUCAUGGUAGUGUGAAUAACAAUACCAUUCAUAUGAACAGCCACAAUGGCAACGUAAACACCAGUGAUGAUGUGAACAACAACAACAACAACAAUAAUAAUAAUAAUAUCGGCAAUAGCAGUGUUAAUACUAAUCAGAAUAGGCAGUAUUCUUCAUUCGAAGAUCAAUAUGGCCGUUUACCUCCUGGUUGGGAGAGAAGGACGGACAACUUUGGUCGUACCUAUUAUGUUGAUCAUAACACGCGGACCACUACAUGGAAGAGGCCCACUUUGGAUCAGACUGAAUCUGAACGUGGUGACCAAAUGAAUGCUAAUACCGAAUUAGAAAGAAGGCAACACAGGGGUAGGACAUUGCCGGGCGGUCUGGCUUCCGACAACGCUGCAGUUACUGUCCAAACAAGUUCUGGUACUAGUACCCCUGCAGUUAAUGGUACGGCUGCCGCUACAUUUGCAGCUACUGGCGCUACCACCUCUGGACUGGGUGAGUUGCCUCCCGGCUGGGAACAGCGAUUUACUCCAGAAGGCAGAGCAUACUUUGUCGACCAUAACACAAGAACAACUACUUGGGUGGAUCCAAGGAGACAGCAAUAUAUUAGAACAUAUGGGCCUGCAAACAAUACCAUUCAGCAGCAGCCGGUGUCUCAACUAGGUCCCUUACCAUCCGGGUGGGAGAUGAGAUUAACGAAUACGGCACGGGUUUAUUUUGUAGACCACAAUACCAAGACCACUACCUGGGAUGACCCGAGACUGCCUUCCUCUCUUGACCAAAAUGUUCCGCAGUAUAAGCGUGAUUUUAGGCGUAAAGUGAUAUAUUUCAGAUCACAGCCAUCAUUGAGAAUCUUGCCUGGGCAAUGUCAUAUUAGAGUUCGUCGAAAGCAUAUAUUUGAGGAUGCUUAUCAAGAAAUCAUGAGACAGACACCCGAAGAUUUGAAGAAGAGAUUGAUGAUCAAAUUUGAUGGUGAAGAAGGUUUGGAUUACGGUGGAGUUAGUAGGGAAUUCUUCUUCUUACUUUCCCACGAAAUGUUCAAUCCUUUCUAUUGUUUGUUUGAAUACUCAUCGCAUGACAACUACACUAUUCAAAUUAAUCCAAAUAGCGGUAUCAAUCCAGAGCACUUGAACUAUUUCAAAUUUAUAGGACGAGUAGUUGGCUUGGGAGUUUUCCAUAGAAGGUUUUUGGACGCCUUUUUUAUUGGUGCUUUGUAUAAGAUGAUGUUACGCAAAAAGGUGGUGUUGCAAGACAUGGAAGGGGUGGACUCAGAUGUUUACAAUUCACUGAAAUGGAUUCUCGAAAACAGCAUAGACGGCAUCUUGGAUUUGACGUUCAGUGCCGACGAUGAAAGGUUUGGCGAACUUGUAACAGUUGAUUUGAAACCAAAAGACAGGAAUAUUGAUGUUACUGAUGAGAACAAAAAAGAAUACGUGGAAUUGUUUACACAGUGGAAGAUUUGCAGCAGAGUUGAAGAACAAUUUAAGGCAUUCAUUGAUGGCUUUAACGAACUAAUCCCUGAAGACUUAGUCAAUGUAUUUGAUGAACGUGAGCUAGAAUUAUUGAUAGGUGGUAUAGCUGAAAUUGAUGUCGAAGACUGGAAGAAACAUACAGAUUACCGUGGCUACCAGGAAUCAGAUGAGGUGAUUAAGUGGUUCUGGAAGUGUAUUUCAGAAUGGGAUAAUGAGCAGAAAGCUCGUCUAUUGCAAUUUACAACAGGUACCUCUCGGAUUCCUGUAAACGGCUUCAAAGAUUUACAAGGAUCAGACGGUCCUAGAAGGUUCACCAUUGAAAAAGCUGGCGAAGUUCAACAGUUGCCAAAGUCGCAUACCUGCUUCAAUAGGGUUGAUUUGCCAUCUUAUCCUGAUUAUGAAACCUUGAAACAGAAGUUGACGUUAGCUGUUGAGGAAACAAUCGGUUUUGGUCAAGAGUAA